CCCUCGCCUCGUCUCUUUCUUCGGCCUGCCUCCUGCCUCUCGACGAGGUCUCUUCUUCUCCUUCCUCUUCCUCCUCGCACUCCUGCUCCUUCUGGACGCGCUCGCGUAUACGCAUUGCAACAUCUUUGCCUUUCGAGGUCAUAGAUAUGAGCGGUACUUUGCAACUCUAUUCCCCCACUUCACAGUCUUCUCGAGUCGAUUCAAGCGUCUUCAGAAGGCACUGCUCUAGCAGCAAGCUUCUGACUUCGCUGUACAAGUCGCGUUCUAGCCUCUCCUACCUUGUCGCCUCUGUACAACAGCUGGAUACGUACUAGCCAACGUUGUACAUAGCCGCUCCGGAUGGGUCCCUCACGUCGUCCGGCCCCACGGCAACUCCCUUCUGGCUCCUUUGGGUCCUCAGCUUCGUCAUCCAAUCCAGAAGCUGCAUCCUCUUCAUCCUCAUCCUCUUCUUCUCUAGCCGUCAGUGGCCUCAUGAACACACCUCCAUCGACUCACUUCUCACCUAUCGCGUCCGCAUCGUCAAGAUCCAACCAGUCUUCCUCUUCGGGCGAAAUGACCGCACGCGUUCACUCUUUAGCGUCCGAGUCAACAGCACGGGGUGGGGGACCAAUAGAGGGCAGUAGUCGCAAAGUCGCUGCAAUGAAUCGAGCUAGCAUGGCAUGUGUAGCCUGUCGGGAAGCAAAGCAUAGGUGCGACGGACAGUCACCGGCCGCACUUCUUGGCGCACCGAUUACAGCCCCACCCCGACAACUCAUGCUGGAUGGCUCUGCUCCUCCACCCACACUCUACCCUGCCGAUCAACAAUGUACGCGCUGCAACCUCAACGACAUCGACUGUCUCUGGGCUCCCAAAGCUAAGUUGGGCAGGCCUGCGAAGAAGACAAUCGGUGCCACAGCUCCACUUGGAGGCGCCGACAAAGCCUCUGGAAGGAGUUCAAGAGGUGUCAGCAGUAGCAAGACGCCGCUAGCAACCUCUUCGUCCGUCCACUCGACAAGCAGGCCUCCUGCUCAUUCAGCCUACCCCGCGCCCUUUUCCAGUCCAUCUGAAGAUGAGCUGUCUUGGCUGUCGGUCCCACAUGGCUAUCCGCGGCAGUCAAUACAGUCUCCACCGCUCGGAUCUGACUGGAUCGGACACGGUAACGUACCCCUAGGCUCAGGACCCCUCGUUCAGAACGCGGACUCCGUGAACCCCUUCAGCCAACAUUCGCGUUCUGCUCUGCCGCCGUUAAUGGCGGGCCCCGCUUCGAGCUCGUCUUCGUAUCGUCCGCAACAACAGCUAGGCACUUCCGGACAGAUGCAUCGGCCAUUGUCUCCGCCACCACCGCCGUCUCUACGCACAAGUCCGAUAGGUGCUUGGAGCUCCUUCUCGAGUGCAGUCAACCCAAGGCCCCAUGCCCCCACAAACCUCUUCGAUGCACAAUACCAUGUGGACAGGGGACAGCCACAGUACUCUACCGAUCCUCAUCCCCGCUACAGUCAAGCACUGGCAAGCACUUUUCAUUCCAGCGCCUUUCCUUCGGAAUCGCCAUCGUCCGACUCACCCACGGGCUCUGUGUCUGGGACCGUUUCCGGUUCGCUGUCGGGAUCACUGUCUGGCUCGACACCCGGCUCGAUGUCAUAUUCUGCUGCCGCCCAUUUCCCUCCUCAAAUGAGAAGUCAUGGUGUGAUGAUGCCUCGACCACAUCAACCAGGAAGCCACAGUGCUUCCUUUCAUCUAUCCCCUGCUAUCCCUCUGACGGCCACUGGUACAGCCAUAACGCCUUCAGCUCACUCUCAUACGGACCCUAUCACCAUCCGUACCGGAAUGCAACUCUACUUUGCAAGCACGCCACGGUACUGCCUGGCUCUUGCGCCCUGUCAGCAAUAUCGGCUUUUCGCAGCGCUGGAGCGGUGGGCUUGGUUGAUCGCGGAGCAGCCGCGGUCACAAUUACCAGAGGAAGCCAAAGACUUUUUGACUCUAUCCCAGGUGCUUGCUGCUGUAGGGUGGAAGCUUUCGCGCGAUGACGCGGCUGGUGUACUGCACAGUCUGUUCCUACAGCAGGCUCGUGACGGCCUGAGUGGUAUCCUUUCCCGACCGUCGGACGCUUACAAGUCUUGCUCCGUUCCUCAGCUCGUCAGCUGCCUUCAGGCGCUACUGCUAGGUAGCACCAUGGAGUACGCUCUGGCGGAUACUGAUCGAAGUGGAAGCUACCUGCAAAAGGCAGCCGACAUCGUGAUCGACCUUGGCAUCUCAGUCUUUGAUUCAGCAUCACCUGUCGCGACUAGUCGCGACCGUGAGCGCUCCAUACCAUCCACAGGCCUCAAUGCGAUUCAAGUCCCGGAGAUGGAAUUGGCUGAUGAUGUCAGACGAUGCUUCUGGGAGCUGUGCAUCAUCCAGACAAUGUUCUGCUCUGCAACGUCAGGGGAUGCUUCCAUGUGUCUCCUGCGUUCCGGUAUUCCCAUCGACGUCACCUUCCCGGACUCCCCGCCACCAUCUUCCGAGUCCGACUACGGGUUGCGCGUCAGGUGUGCUUCCCUCCUCCUGGAAUCGGUACAGUCAGUCCCGCCCAAUCCGAGCGCCAGGCUGAAUCGACUCGAAGCAUUGAACGGUGUUGUGACAGAGAUUGCCCAGUCGGCCAGACGUCGCUUCGAGAACGGACUUACGGAGGAAUCGGUGGAGAUGACAUACACAGCCUAUGUCAUGCUCAAUUCGGCUCGCAUCCAGCUCAUCAGGAUGACGUUCUUCCCUACCUUGUACAAUGAGUUGGAGGUACCUGACAUGCCUGUUGACAGUGUGCAGGGCAAGGCUAGUCUGGUUGCGGCUUUGCCGCUUCAGGUCGCCAGAGCUGCCAUCAAGACCAUCAUCCAGGCCGCAGACAACAUCGUGCAGCUUACUCGCGCCGACAACAACGCUCGAGUCUCUUUUCCAAACCUUUACGGGUCGGCGCGCUUGCCAGUCACCCCAGUGCUCAAUCAUUCUCCCUUCCACGGGUCAUCACAAUUGACCGCUAGCUUUGCGUACGUGGCGGCAGCUGCCCUCUGGAAGGACCUGGUUGACACGACGCCUUAUCGUCGUGACGAUGACAAGCUCGCUUCGGCUGCCAGAGCAGAGUCCACGAGUCGCGCGCUGAUCAGCGCCUUGGCGAAAGACCCUGGCAAAGCUGCUGAUAGUCACACCUUGCCGCAAAGCUCCCGCAAGGACGAUCGAUCGGAGGGGGAAAGCAGUGAAAGCAGCGCCACAGAUGUUUCGGUGGUAUGGAGGCACUCCAAUGUGCUCAGCAACCUCGCUUUUGCACAUAGCCAUCUCGUCGCUGCUAGUCAUAUAUGGCCCAUUGCUGGCAAACUCGCAGCCGAUGUUGCAAAUUGCAGGAGUUUGGUUGACCGUCGGGCGCCACUGGACGGCUAAUAUGGCCCGCCGCUGCAAAGGAUCGUCUUGGGUACGAUGAGUACGUGGUGAGAUGAGAAGGGAAGCUCUAGCUUGCUGGCAAGCUGCUCUUUCUUUCAAGUGCGGGUACAAGGCGACCAUCAUUGUGACCCAACAAGAGCGUUGCUGUCGGCAUGCCCAUCUUCUCCUCCAUCAGCGCAAGAAAGGCACGACCUUCAGUGAGCCAUUCAUACGGUACUCUGUCUCCUUCGGCUUUACGAAAUCGUAGAGUCUUGAUUACCGCCAGACUUCCCCCAACUCU